UUAGGGGGAGGGCUGGAGAAAAACAUGCACAGAAAAACUGUUCGACUGAAUCGAAAGUACUGCUACAGCGACUCGUUUAUCCUCCUGACGACUCGUUUAGAGGAUUACACACUGUUUCUGUUCACUUUUUGUCGACUUCGAGGUCGGACUGCAAAAGCGUUCACGGCGACGUCCAUCCGGUUAGAGAGAAAAAGCAGCAGGCGCUUAAAGUGUGUGUGCGCGUGAGUGUGUGCGCGUGAGUGUGUGUGCUCUACUGUACGGCCAGUGCAGAAGGAUGUGUCAGUAAGUUUAAGGUGGACGGAGGUUGGAAUGACAAGGCCUUGGUGUUUGGGCUCGCCUUCAUGGGGUCACCAUCAUCGCAUGUCACAGCCUGACUGACAGAUCCAUCUUCAUCUUACAAAUCCAGCAUUUCCAUAGUCUGUGAUUAAGGUCAGCAGCAGCAUGAAGGGCGGAGGAGGGGGGAAGGAGGUGCCAGCAGAGGGCGAGGUGAGCAGCAAGCAGAGGCCCAAACGCAAGUGCCUGCAGUGGCACCCGCUGCUUUCCAAGAAGAAGGCCCUGGACUUCUCUGAGGAAGAAGAAGAGGAGGAUGAGGAAGAGCUGGAGAAGGUUUCAUUGGAGAGCCCUGAGCACAGCAGUCAGACUCCUGAGUGUGUGGCAAUGGAGGAUGAUGGUGAGGAAGACUCUUCAGAACAGCGUGCUCGCCGGCCCAUGAAUGCUUUUCUGCUAUUCUGUAAGCGGCACCGUUCACUGGUUCGCCAGGAACACCCCAGACUGGACAACCGUGGAGCCACCAAGAUCCUGGCAGACUGGUGGGCCGUGCUGGAGCCCAGUGAGAAGCAGAAAUACACCGACAUGGCCAAGGAGUAUAAAGAUGCCUUUAUGAAAGCAAAUCCAGGCUAUAAGUGGUGUCCUGCUACCAGCAAGCCAGUGAAGAGUCCCACUCACGCAGUGAGUAACGUGCGCAAGAAGACCUGGUCUGUGCCCUCCAACAACACCAAGGACAUCCCUGUUGCCAAAAAAGUGCCCAAAACCGACAGCACACCACAGCUAAACUUCGCCAUGGCAGAUCCAACUAAGAUGGGUGGCCUGAGCAUGCUGCUGCUAGCCGGAGAACACGCCCUGACUGCCAGAGAGAUCUCGUCUAGUAAUUCACAGAGCGGCGUUGCGGAUGUUGCAAAGCAUACUGGAAAAUCUGCCCUUUUCCAGUUGGCCGAGAUUUCUUCCUGUCCACCCCAGCUUGUUGAAGGGUGUAAAAAUUCGGAGUGUCGAAGCGCAGCAGCCCCACAGACCGAGGUAUGUGGCCUUUCUCAGCCCAACUCGCCAGAUUUACCCAGCAGCUGCAUGCAGUCUCCUCUAUUUCAGCUGGCUGAGAUUUCAUCUAGUGAUUCUCAGGUUUCCAUAUCUGAGGUGAAGCAGUGCGGCCAGUCUGCUCUCUUUCAGCUUGCAGAGAUGUGUUUAGCAUCUGAAGCAGAAAAACUGGAGGCUCUGUCCUCCCAACCAGCCAUGGACUCCUCCUCUCUCUGCGCCCAGGACAGUGCUCCAAACACAACCCCCACCAUGGACCUUCCCACCCUGACAUCAGCCUCAUCCUCGCCGACGUCCUGUAAGAAAAAGAAGAAGAAGCCAAGCGACGUAUCAAAAGGUGAAAAAAGCCCCGGCUCGCCCAAAAAACCCUGCAAGAAGCGUUCUUCGUCCAGCUCAGACCUCGAGAGCUUGAUGUACACUAUUGAGGCAGUGGCUAAAGGAGCCUGGGGCUCAGAGGAGAUGGAGAACACCAGGAAGCGAGCGCGUCCUUCGGGCAGUCCGGUGCUUCAGCCUUCAACAGCAGAGAAGAAAAAGACCAAACUCAAAGUCAAGAAACAGCUCAGGACCAAGGAGGAAGAAGAGGAGAAGGGAGAAGGAGAGGACUGCAAAACACUUGAGGCAGAAGGGUCUCUGCUUAUCCAUGAAGCAGAGCUGAAAUUCGAGUGCAAGGACGAAGCUGACGUUAAAGUGGACAGCACGGAGGAUUCAGAGCCACACACCUCUACAGCACAGCAAAGCAAAAGCGUAGAACCGGCCUCCCCACUGCCAAGCAAAGGAGAAGAGAGGGAGCUGGAGGCUAAACCUGUUCUAAUGCAAACAGAAGAGAAGGAGAUCGAGCCCAAACCUGAGGCCUGUGGGUCACGGAAAUCAGAACGGAGCUGUAAGGGAGCGCUGUACAAAACUCUGGUGUCUGAAGGAAUGCUGACAUCACUGCGGGCUAACGUCGACAGAGGAAAGCGAGGCUCCAUGCGAGGCACCAUGUCCGAGUCUGAGAUAGGAUGGACAGACGAAAGCUGUAAUUUCAGCCAACCUGCUGCCAGCAACCCCAAAAAACUGAAAAAGUCCAAAUCCAAAGAAGAGCCAGUGCCAGGCAAUUUAGGGAAGCUGGAGGAGGAGUUUGAGAAGAAGUUUAACAGCCUGCCUCAGUUCAGUCCGCUAACGUUCGACAAAAAGAGCACAGCUGUUACCAAAAGGAAGAAAGCCAACGUAGCCCACCCUCUGGAAAAUCCUACGUCUAAUAAGGGUCCAUCCCCAUCUCAGAAAAAGACUUUAUUCCACAAGAUUGUUAGCAAGUACAAGAACAAAAAGGAAAAGGCUGGAACUUUGGACAAAGCCGUAGCACAGCCUGACCCAACGGCCAGCGACACAGGCACGGCGAAGGCAGACUCCUCGAGCGCUUCGCUCUCUACUGAAACCCGUAAGACGGGAGAUGUGCCUGUGGGCAGCCAGAAGAGGAAGGCCAGAAAAAGCAAAAUCACACACUUGGUGCGCACAGCAGACGGGCGACUAUCACCCGCUGAGGCGGACAAAGUAAAGGAGCUGACCCAGGAUCAGGAUGGAAAGCCAUUAACUCAUGAGACUUUAUGCAACACAGAGAGCUGCUCCACUGACCCCGGACCAGCCGAGACUGACAGCCUGCCGGCCUUCUUCAGUCUAGCAGCGCUCGCCGAGGUCGCUGCUAUGGAGAACAUGCAUCGAGGUCAGCGUGCAGUCGCCAUAGCUGCUGAAGGUCAGGUGAAGGACAUGGCUCCUCAGACUCCUGUACUGAUCUCCUGUGCUGAUCAGUGAAGGUGUAGACCUCGUCUGGGAGUGGACUUAUUGGGACAUACCUGAGAGCUUUGUGCUGGGGAAUAUACAUACAUACACAGGGAGAGAGAGAGGGUGAGAGAGCUAAGAGCAGGCAGAGCUUGAAGAGGAGGAGGAUCGCUACGUUAUCUCUGAGGCUUCAUCACACACAGGAUUAUGUAGAGGGUGUGGCCUGGCUUCCUCUGUUUACCCAAGGCAUUCAGAAACGGAGAAUGGCUGUUUUAUAAACGAAACCUUUUUUGCAAUAUGAGAAAAUGGACCUAAUGAAGCUCUCUAAGUUUUGUUUUCGGUUUCAACCUUUUUACAUAAAACCCCACUCUGCCUCUCUCUCUCUCUCUCUGUUAGAAAAUCUUGUGGCUUCCUGCUCUCCUUCCUGCCCAGAAGCAUACACAUGUACACUGCAUAUUGUGUGUGUGUGUGUGUGUAAGAGAGAGAGAGAUUUUGCUCUACAGCCCCCAUACCUCACAGCCAGCCUGCUUAUGUGCCCAAGUCCCUCUCAGCGCAGGCUUCACGUUGACAAUGCACAAUUAAUGCCUAGAUGCCUCUUUUCUGGUCAAAGACCCGUUUUGGACGCAGUGCAAGCAUAUACGGCUGCUUCUCUCACAAAAGCAGCCCGAGUGAGACUGAAAAAUGCACGUUUGUGAUCCAAAGCAAACAAGUUACUAAGUGACUGAACACUGACCUGGUCAGAAGCCAUUCUCUUUUUUCCUUGCGCUCUCACAGCUCCCCGUUACUGUACUGGGCACCCUUCCACUCUCACGUGCACAGCUAUAGAGAUAAAUAGAUUGUUUUUUUUUUUUUUAUUUUUAGAGCAGUAUACUUGAAUGAUACAAUGCAUUUUAUGUCAAUACUUGACCUUUCUGCGGUGUGUGUGUGUGUGUAUGUGAGCACCUGCGUGUGUGUGCGUAGCAUCCCGAUAGCUAAUCCAAAAGUGUGUGCGCGCGUGUGUGUGUGUGUGCGUGCACUUUUGUGCUGUAUUGAUAGCUAAUCCAAAAGAGUGCUACUAGUUUUAUUAAGGUAGUUUCGUAACAGACACUGCACUAAUUUUUAGCUAUACUACACCAAAUGGCAGUUUAUUUUUUGCUAGAUUGGCUUAGCUAAUAAUCUGGAAUUUAAUAAACUGGCAUUUUAGUGUGGAUCAGAAUUUUAGGCAAUUUGUUUUUCUUCCUCUCAGCUUUUUUCGAUUUUCUAUCAUCCAGAAUGAACGCGUAUAGAGUUAUUUUCUGGGAGGAGGUGACAGUGUUAAAUUUCAUGCACCUCUUUCUCCAACAUGUGCCAGCAGAACACAAACACAGUUUUUCAGCGUUUGUUUUUUCUGCUGCUUCUAUCCAUUCCUGGGAGUUUGAAGUGUAAGAGAGAGGAGGAGAGUAGAGAAUCAGGUAGAGAAUCAGGUCUCUCACCUACAUGGAACUCUUACAGCAUAAGCCCACACAGCACCGAGGAGCUCACACGGCUGAUGACAUGCUCCUGACCUGACACACACUUUAAUUUUUUUGAAUUGUUUUUUUUUUCUUUCCAAUAAAUCAGCAUAGAUACUUUCCAUCCCACUGUGCAAAUCAAAGGUCACAGACUGUUGGAGGGGGAAAAAAAUUCUGAUUCUGCUUUCAGAAAGCUCGUCGCUUAGUCUAAAUGAAGGAAAGCUCAAGCCUGACUACACGAUGGGGAAAACCUCCACUAGACACCUCCAACUUCACAAUGACUGAUGCUUCUUUUUCUCCAUUGCCUAUGUUUUUCUGCAUAUCAGAUCUGUGAAGUUGAAAUUUUAUAAGUAAUAUGUUUUUGUUUUGUUUUGUUUUAAAUAGAAAUUAUAGUAUGAUGUAUUUGAUCAUCUUUAUUCCCCUAAAUGUGUAGUAUGUUUAGGGAGUGAUUUUGCUGGCCUUUACCUUUUUUUGUAUGAUCUUAAGCCUCACCAUGAGGCUAGUUCUACUGGAUGAAGACUAUUGUCAAAACUCGUAUACAAAUAUAAAAUAAUAAUAAUAAUUAAUAAUAAUAAUAAGCCAAUGAGCACUGAGAAAUAAUGCACCGCUUCUAGAGGAAAUAGUCCCUGCUGUUUUUGGGAACGCACAUGUGAGGCAGCCUGUGCUGCCAUGUUUAACUAUUGUCUAAUGAGCACAGUGAGAUAUGUGUUACCUGUGAGUCUGAAUGUCCUGUUCGCUUCAGUUAGUCAGAGCCAAGGGUUUUAACCUCAUCGUGUCUGAACAGAAAGGGUUAACAGGUAAACAAAUGAACGCCUGAUGCAGUAACGUAUUCAGCAUGCAGAGAAGCUGGGAGGAUUAUUGACCUGUAACGGACAGUAAAGAUGAGUGUUUCGCUUGUUCAGAACAUUACAGAGUAAUAUUCCAUACGGCGUUACGAAGAUUUUCUUUCUUUCUUUUUUUUUUUUUUUUUUUAAAUCGAAUCUCAAGCAUGUCUGUUUAUGAAUUUCAGAUUAUGGUGGUCAGAAGUAUACCGUGUAGGUGGUCUUUGAGGACUUCUAAAGUGAUGAGAUGUACUCUGGCUGAUCAGUAUCUCAAGCUCAAUUCCUAAAUGUUUGUCUUAGAUCAACUUUUGCUAAGAGAUGUCUUCCCAAGUGUUUUGUGCACAUCCAGGGCUGCGGCAAACACGUUCUUCCCGUCAUGUAUCUUGCUAUAAAGGAAGAAAUUGUACGGUGUGAAAGGGACUAUAAACUGAGUUGCUGUUUAUAGAGAAGUCUAACUAAUAAACCGGCAACGUCGUGUCUACAAAUAUGGACACGUACAGCAGGGGUGGACAAAUAGUUAGUCAGCUGGACAAAUAAAAACUCAGGUGCUGCUCAGUUCCGGGUUUUGGUUGGCCGGAAACGUAAUAUUCGCAGAUAGAAGGCGGCUUGUGCGGAAUUGUUUAUUUGUUUCUCUAUUUUUUGGAAAGGUGUCAGCAUCUCUCUUACGCUGCAUUUUAUUUUGCGUAGUUUUCUUAGGCAUACAAACUUUUUCAGCAGAAAUACUAUGACCUUGUGCACACUAAUAAACGCCACUAUUAGAGGCUAGUAUUUGUAGUACAACAAGCAGAGCAGUUCAGAAUGUGUAGUGUGCACUGUGGUUACAACCUCAGGGUGGGUUGCACCACCAAGAAGCUCAUUUCUAAACAUAUAUAUAAAUAACGUUCCUUUUUGCAGAGGUUCUUUUUUCUCCUCUUUCUGGUUGAACAAGUGAACAAGGUGAACCAGCUUGUCUGCAGGGCUUCGAUGGAUAAUAACCUAAUAGCCCAGACGUGUAAUCUUCUCAUCCUGGGUGUCCGGCUUAUCGAUUUGUCCACCCCUGACACACCGAGUUGACAGUUCCUUAGAUAUACUGCAGGUGUAACUAAUAAACUGCCAACUUAUAAACUGUAUGUGCUAUUAACUAACAAGUGGGUUUUUUUUUUUUUUUUUCUCCCAGACAUUUGCCAAAGACAAGGAAGUGCUGUCUCUUUAAGUAAUUUGAUAGUGUGCAAGGACAAACCAGGAAAGAUAAUUCAAGUCAGCGAGUCUGUUUUCAGGUAAUAGAUGCAUCAAUGCAUUAUAUUAGCACAAUUCUAUAUUUCUGAUGGAUUUCCUCAGCCUUUACCUGCAGGUUGGCAUGGUGUACAAAGUGUUUUUAAAAUGCCUAUUUUAGAAAAACUAUAUUUGCACCUUAAACCCAAAGCAAAACAUCCCACUCUGAAUGAUUUACCCCUUUUCAUGGCUCAAUCCCCCUUUCAUGACUAUUUGCUCUGAUUAGUCAGUCCUCUAUCACAAGACACAUUAUUGCAUUGAAAAAAAAAUUGCCAUUAUACAAUAAUGCAAUGAACGAUGAUGCACUUCUUCAAACAUCCUUGCAUGAUCCAUAGAUGAGGUUUGAUCCUUUUCCCAACGCCUCCAUUAAAUGUCAUUCCCCUGUUUUUUCUAAGUACUGUAGAAGAUGCCUCUAUAACUCUCGAGUUCCUAUAAUAGCUGUAAAGCUUAUAGUAUAAUACUCUUUUGUGCUAGAAUUGUCUCUUGAAUGUAAUGGAUUUUGUACCUGUAUUUUUCUAAUUCCAAUUCCAGUCUUUCUGUAUGCGACAGCUUUGUAUGGAGGAGUUUGCUCCCAACUGCGAUACGAUUUAUAACAAUUUCCACUCAUAGUUGUAACACUGAUCUGGAGCUCUAUGAAGAGCUUCUUAGUCUCAUCAUUGCAUCCAUCUCUCUCUAAUCAAAUAACUGAAUAUUUUUGGAUAUUAGAAACAUUGUCCCAUAAUCAGACAUCCAAUUAUAUUCAAUGAUUUACAAAAAAACAGGGAAAUUAAUGGCUAACACAAUUGCCAAAUGCUCUGUUUGAAGCUUAUUUAUUUCUGUUUUCUCUUAUGAGUCUUAAGAACCUGGAUAAUGCAUCCAUUGGAAAUGGCCAUCUUUUUCUCUUCUGUGCAAGAACGUAUGUCCACUGGCUUUUGAAGCAGUCUUGUCGAAGGGUUACCUUUUCCGUGUCCUCAAAUGAGUUUAUACAAUGUGUGCUUGAUCUAAUUCGUGUCACUCGUACUGUAUGACGCCAUGCUUGUUACAGUCCUGUUGUCAAUGCAGCCUUGCCUUACUGAAACCCUUGCAUAGUAAAAGGGUCCCUUUUGCCAUUACCCUUCUCAACAAGUCCUACGUCAUAACACUGUCUGCUGACGCAAAUGUUAUUCCUUUAACACCUAUUAAAGUAACAUAUAGACA